GAAAGAUUUUUCUACAAAUCAAUCCAAAAUAGUGUGAAAUGAUCCCAUAGAAGAAGUGAGUCCACAUUAUUAGUCCGACAGCAUGAAAGCCCAGCUCAUGCCUUUUAGCUCUUGUUGUUUCUCCCAAAAGCAUCUCUACGAUAGAAACUUGAGUUUGAAAACUUAAAAUACCCAUUUUACCCCUCACCAUAUAUGCAUGCAUACAAACAACCACUUGUCAUUGCUAAGAAGGACUUAUAGUAAUCUCAUUGACCUGUGAUCUUAACGUGUGGACCAGCCUCAGCCAUACCAAUGUCACAUACAGUCUAUAAAGUAGACAGUGAUCUUCACCUGCGUUAGAUAACGCCAUUAUUGUGAUCAUUAACGAACCUAAUUCAACGGACUACUCAGUAAAAAUAAAUAUGUCACGAAUUUCCCAACUUUGUUAGGUAUGAAAUGAAAUAUUAUUGCCGUGAGCUAUAGUUAUUAAUCAAACACCAAGUGUAUAUGCAUAAAAUUUAUCUAGUUUUCUAGCAAAAGUGGGUCAUAUCAAAUUUUUAUUGCGUGCAAUUUAGGUCACUACAUUGAAUAUAACAUUAACACACGUUGACAAUCUGAACAUACGAAUAAUUCGAAGAAAUUAAUACAGGGGAACUCAAAAUUAGCUUAAUAAGAUAAGAGAUGUAUUUGAACAAAAAAAAAACAGAAUAAAAAAGUCUUUUAUUUAACUCUAUAAGUAUAUAUGACAUGGCAUACAUUGAAUUAGGUGUUUACAAUAAAAGUUGAAGUCAAUGUUCUGAAAUCUGAACUUUGAAGCAAAAAUGUACCAACCAUCAUGCUCAUGCUCUAGAGGAGCAUCACAACCUUGUUUCAAUGCUUGUUUUCCAUCUCCAUUUCUUGCUUCAGAUGAGUCACAUAACAACACUAAUUCAUCCAACUCUAACACCAAUGAUAAAGUUGAUUUAACCUCAGCCACAUCUUCAAGUCUUUAUCCAAACACACCAUUCACUAACCAUGAAUCUCUCCCACUUUUACAAGACUCAUAUGACAACUUCAUCAAAUCGUUCCCUCAAUUUUCCACAACUUCUCAAGUAGAUCAAAUUCGAGAACAAGAAUAUCACAACUUGAAUCUCUCCAACACAUGUUUGGAUUACAAUGGAUAUGGCCUUUUCUCUUAUGCUCAACAACAUCAAAAGUAUUGUCCUUCUUCUCCGUCGUCGUCUUCUUACUUGAACUUAGAACAAUCCUUCUUCGACAUAUCGAUUAAUUCUAUAAAUUUGAAGUCACAUAUACUUUACGGAGGACACGAAUCAGAACUAGAAACCAGAAUCAAAGACAGAAUAAUGGCAUUUAUGAAUGUGUCUGAAUCUGAUUAUGCAUUAGUAUUCAUUGCAAAUGAGGUAUCUGCUUUUAAACUUGUAGCUGAUUCAUUCCAAUUUGAAACCAAAGGAGAGCUUCUGAAUGUUUAUGAUCAUAAGAGUGAGGCAUUGGAAAUGAUGAUUGAUAGCUGCAAGAAACAAGGAGUACAAAUAUUGUCAGCAGAAUUCACAUGGCCUAAUUUAGAAAUCCAAUGGAGAAAACUAAAGAAAAUGGUAACAUGUAAAAAAAAGAAGAGAAAAAAAGGUAGUUUAUUUGUUUUUCCACUUUAUUCAAAGGUUAGUGGAACACCUUAUUCAUAUUUUUGGAUGUCUUUAGCACAAGAAAAUGGUUGGUGUGUUUUGCUUGAUUUAUGUGCAUUGAGGCCUAAAGAAAUGGACACUUUGGGUAUGUCUUUGUUUAAACCUGAUUUUAUGGUUUGUUCAUUUUAUAAAGUUUUUGGUGAAAACCCAUCUGGGUUUGGUUGUUUAUUUGUCAAAAAAUCAAGUAUUUGUUCUCUCAAAGAUUCAGGAAAUUCUACAACUUUAGGAAUUAUAAGCCUUGUUCCUACAUUUAUACCACAAUGCCACAUUUCUAGUUCAAAUCAAAAUGAGAAGGGUGAAUCAUCAUCAGAAAUUGUGGAGCUACAAGGCAUGAAGAAUGAAAGAUUUGAAAUUGAAUGUAGAGGAUUAGACCAAGCAGACUCAGUGGGGCUAAUAGUGAUUAGUACAAGAACAAGGUAUUUAAUUAAUUGGCUUGUCAAUGCAUUAAUGAGUCUACAACAUCCAAAUCAUGAGAAUAGAUUUUCGUUAAUUAGAAUAUAUGGUCCAAAGAUUAAUUCUCAUCGUGGACCUACUGUGGCAUUUAAUAUAUUUGACUGGAAAGGAGAAAAAAUUGAUCCUUCACUUGUGCAAAAGUUAGCUGAUAGGAAUAAUAUCUCUUUAAGUAGGUCCUUUUUGAAAAAUGUCAAGUUUUUAGAUAGGAACCAAGAAGAGAUGGAAUGGGCCUUGGAGACUAAAGGAACUCAGGUUGAUAAGUUGGGCCUAUCUAAGAAGAAAACUGGCCCAGAUGAGACUGGGAUAUUGAUUUUGACUGCUACAUUGGGCUUCUUGACAAACUUUGAAGAUGCUUAUAGGUUAUGGGCUUUUGUUUCUAAGUUUCUUGAUGCUGACUUUGUGGAGAAAGAGAGAUGGAGAUACAUUGCUCUAAACCAAAACACCAUUGAAGUGUGAAUUUUGUUUUUUUUUUUUUAUCUUUCUCUGUUUUGUCACCAAAUUCACAUUGAUUAUGUUAUAUUAUUGUACAAUAAUGUUAAAACUCUAAAGAUUUGAGUUGUACCAAUUUCGGAACAAAUGUUUGAAUUACACUCA